AUGUGUAUGCCUCACUCUCACAACCUCCAGGCGUACCAGUCUGUGCUGCGCCUCUGCUCUCUCAACUUUUGUGAUUGCAACUACUCUACACCUCUUACUUUUUUUUAUUCCUCUGGCAGUGGAGUGAUGUUCCCUAGAAGGAGGUUACACCCCAGCUGAACAUUUUCACCUUACCAAGUUUAGGCGUCGGGCUAAUAACUUAUUUUUUUGGAGCGAGUUUUUGAAUGGGGACUUUUGGGGAGACUUUUACGCACCGAGCUGAGUGACGCACGGCUGAAAUCUUUUGAAAGAAAAGUUUUCCCUACAAAGCCUCACAUCCCAAACUUCAUUUUCGUCCCUUUCUUCCCUUUUUCUUCAAUGGCAGGGGAGCGUUUUGAGGAGACUGCGACUUAUCUGCUCUCUUGAGGGAAACUUUGCCGAACUUCUGCGACAGCAAACUUAAUUUGAUUUCGACUCUCCAUUUCCCAUCACUCGUUUUUUUCCUCGUUUUAUCACACAGUCGAACAACUUCUCUCGUGGCUAUUUUUUUUUUCUUCAGGAUCCUUACUUCUAUAACGUUUAAUUUCCCCCGCGGAUUUUCUCUUGACUUUGGUUCGGCAGGAUUUGUUUUGGUGGAUAUCAUGCCUCUGACCGGACCGGGGAAGCGGGCUGCGCUCAGCCGGAUUUGGGCUCUGGUUCUCGGGUUGUUGCUGUGCGCUGCCUCGGUGGAUGGAUGCCCGCACAAGUGCAGCUGCUCCGGGUCUCAUGUGGACUGUCAGGGUCAGGGCUUUAGGACCAUACCCAAAGGAAUACCAAGGAACGCCGAGCGCCUGGAUUUGAACAGAAACAACAUCACCAGAAUCACGAAGGUGGACUUCUCUGGCGUCAAGAACCUCCGGAUUCUUCAUCUGGAAGACAACCAGAUCAGCGUUAUAGAAAGAGGAGCCUUCCAGGACCUCAAACUGCUGGAGAGACUGCGUCUGAACAGGAACAAACUCCAGUUUCUCCCGGAGCUUCUCUUCCAGUCCAACCCCAAACUGGGACGCCUAGACCUCAGUGAGAACCAGAUCCAGGCAGUUCCCAGGAAAGCUUUCAGAGGAAUCACCAAUGUCAAGAACCUGCAACUGGACAGCAACCACAUUAGCUGCAUUGAAGAUGGAGCUUUCCGAGCGCUGCGCGAUCUGGAGAUUCUCACCCUCAACAACAACAACAUCACCCUCAUCCCCCUGUCCAGCUUCAACCACAUGCCCAAGCUGCGGACACUUCGUCUGCACUCCAACAACCUCCACUGUGACUGUCACCUCUCCUGGCUCUCUGAUUGGCUCAGAGCGAGGCGGGGCUUGGCUCCCUUCACCCAGUGCAUGGCCCCCGCCCACAUGAGGGGCCUGAACGUCCCAGAUGUGCAGAAGAAAGACUUUGUCUGCAACGGUCCGGCCCAGUCGGAGGCAAGGACUUGUGUUCCACAGGUAGCCGUGUGUCCGCCCAGCUGCAGCUGCAACAACAACAUAGUGGACUGCCGGCGUAAAGGCCUCACCGACAUACCAGCCAACCUGCCUGAGGGCAUCGUGGAGAUUCGUUUGGAGCAGAACUUGAUUAAGAGUGUCCCAGCAGGAGCCUUCUCUGCCUACAAGAAGCUCAAGAGGAUUGAUUUGAGUAAGAACCAGAUUUCUGACAUUGCAGCCGAUGCGUUCAGUGGCCUUCGCUCACUCACCUCACUGGUGCUGUAUGGCAACAAGAUCACUGAGCUGCCCAAAGGAUUGUUUGAUGGACUGGUUUCCCUGCAGCUGCUGCUGCUAAACGCCAACAAAAUCAACUGCCUGAGAGUCAACACCUUCCAGGACCUGCAGAACCUCAACCUGCUCUCGCUGUACGACAACAAGCUACAGACGAUCAGCAAAGGGCUGUUCACUCCUCUCCGCUCCAUCAAGACCCUUCAUCUGGCCCAGAAUCCCUUUAUGUGUGACUGUCACCUGAAGUGGCUGGCUGACUAUCUGUUUGACAACCCCAUCGAGACGAGCGGGGCGCGCUGCAGCCACCCGAGACGGCUGGCCAACAAACGCAUCAGCCAGGUGAAAGGCAAGAAGUUCAGAUGCACAGGUCAGGAGGACUAUCGCAGUCGUCUGAGCGGGGAGUGUUUCCAGGACCUGGUGUGUCCGGAGAAAUGUCGCUGUGAAGGCACCGUGGUGGACUGCUCCAAUCUGAAACUGACCCGUUUGCCUCCACACAUCCCUGAACACACCACCGACCUGCGGCUGAACGACAAUGAGAUUGCAGUCCUGGAGGCUACAGGGACGUUUAAGAAGCUGCCCAACCUGAAGAAGAUAAACCUGAGCAACAACAAGCUGCGAGACAUCCGGGAGGGUGCGUUUGACGGGGCGGGAGGAGUUCUGGAGCUGCUGCUGACAGGGAACAAGCUCACCGGGCUGCAGGGGCGCAUGUUCAGAGGCCUCACUGGGCUGAAAACUCUGAUGCUGCGCAGCAACCAGAUCAGCUGCAUCGACAACGGCACGUUCACGGGUCUGAGCUCGGUGCGUUUGCUGUCGCUGUACGACAACCGGAUCUCCAGCAUCGCCCCGGGGGCCUUCUCCACCCUCCACUCCCUGUCCACCAUAAACCUCCUGUCCAAUCCGUACGUGUGUGACUGUCACUUGGCCUGGCUCGGUCAGUGGCUGAAGAAGACCAGGGUGGUCAGCGGAAACCCUCGCUGUCAGAAACCAGCGUUCCUGAAGGAGAUCCCCAUCCAGGACGUGGCCACCCCCGACUUUACCUGUGACGGUGCUGAGGAUAAUGGUUGUCUUCCUGCGUCUGGUUGUCCUGAUGUCUGCACGUGCUCAGAUGGCGUGGUGCGUUGCAGCAACCGAGGGCUGCACUCUCUGCCCAAGGGCAUUCCCAAGGACACCACUGAACUAUAUUUAGAGGGCAACACGCUGACCUCUGUACCGAAGGAGCUGGCAGCCCUGAAGCAGCUCUCUCUGGUGGACCUCAGCAACAACAGCAUCAGCACAUUGGCCCCGUUCACCUUUAGCAACAUGACUCAACUGGCCACUCUCAUCCUGAGUUACAACCAGAUUCGCUGUAUCCCUGUCCAUGCCUUCGACGGACUCAAGUCACUGCGUCUGCUGACUCUCCAUGGUAAUGACCUUUCAACUAUCCCAGAGGGAGCCUUCAACCACCUCACCUCUCUGUCCCACCUGGCUCUUGGUGCCAACCCACUGUACUGUAACUGUGACCUGCGCUGGCUCUCUCAGUGGGUCAAAGCUGGCUUUAAAGAGCCUGGCAUUGCUCGCUGCACUGGGCCUCCGGACAUGGCUGACAGGCUACUUCUCACCACACCGCUCAACAGAUUCCAGUGUAAAGGUCCAGUAGAUAUCAGCCUGAUGUCAAAGUGCGCCCCCUGUCUGGCAGCACCCUGUCAGAACAACGGUACCUGUAUCUCUGAUGCCACUGGAUCCUACCGCUGCACCUGUCCGUUUGGAUUCAAGGGUCAGAACUGUGAAAUACCAAUCAACGCCUGCAUUAGCUUCCCCUGCUCUAAUGGAGGAACCUGCCACAUACAGCCUGGACUCGAGGACCAGUUCAGCUGUGUGUGUCCACCAGGUUUCGAAGGCCCGCGUUGUGAGAUAAACCCCGACGACUGUGAAGACAACGACUGUGAGAACAACUCUACCUGCAUCGACGGAGUCAACAACUACACGUGCAUCUGUCCGCCCAACUACACUGGUGACCUGUGUGAAGAGGUGGUUGACCCCUGUCUCCCUGGUUUUGACCCCUGCCAGCACGACUCAAAGUGCGUCCCUGUUGGCCGCAGCUACAGGUGUGAGUGUUUACCGGGCUAUGUGGGCCAACACUGCGAGCAGGACUAUAACGACUGCCUGGAGAAUAAGUGUCAGCAUGGAGCGGAGUGUGUGGACGCUGUCAACGGGUAUACCUGCGUGUGCAAGGAAGGUUUCAGUGGGCUGUUCUGCGAGAAUCCUCCACCAAUGAUCUUGCUGCAGACGAGCCCGUGCGACCAAUCGGACUGCCAGAACGGUGCCCAGUGCCUGGUGGUUGCCGGGGAGCCCAUCUGCCGCUGCCUGCCCGGUUUCUACGGCAACAAAUGUCACAAGAUGGCCACCGUUCACUUCCUGGGUCGUGAGGCGUACGUGGAGCUGCCCGGUGCCAAGCUCCGUCCCUCCACUCACAUUUCAUUACAGGUGGCCACAGAUAAAGACAACGGCAUUCUGUUGUACAAGGAGGACCAUGACCCGCUGGCGCUCGAGCUGUACCAGGGACACAUACGCCUCAUCUACGACAUCGCCAAUUACCCACCUACCACGGUCUACAGUGUGGAGUCAGUGAAUGAUGGCCUGUUCCAUACAGUGGAGCUGCUGAUUCAGAACCAUUCGCUGAGCCUGGUGGUGGAUAACGGCACCCCCAAGAGCCUGGGCAAGCUAGCACGCCAGCCCUCUGUUGACCACAACACCCAGCUUUACAUAGGAGGUGUGCCGUCCCAGGUAGUGGCAUCAGGUCUACGGCCCGGGCCUGAACGCUCCCCUCAGGCCUUUAACGGCUGCAUUCACAAUGUUCGGGUCAACGGAGAGCCUCAAGACCUGGGCUACCGGGCGCCAGGAGGAGGGGCGGCACCACGAGCGGCCGAUGGCAAGGGUGAAGGCAUUCUCCCAGGGUGUCAUUCCUGCAGUGUGUGUGCCCAGGGUGCGUGCAGGCAGGGAGGGGAGAUGGGCAUAACAUGUGAAUGUCCGGCAGGACGCACUGGAGCCUUGUGUGAUCAGAAGACACCGCCUAGCUCCUGUCAGACCAGAUGUGUUCAUGGUCUGUGUGUGCCGAAGGGUCAGUCCUACGUGUGUCAGUGCGCUGACGGCUACCAGGGCCAGUACUGUGACCGGCGCCAGGAGCCUCCAGCCUGCAGGGGGCAGCGUUGUGGGCACGGGGAGUGUCGCGUGUCAGAGGCAGGAGAGCCGGUCUGCCACUGUCAGCCAGGCUACAGUGGCCCCGCAUGUGAAACUGAGCUGACGUGUCAGGGCGAGAUGGUGAGGGAGCAGCUGAAGCGCCACCACCCCUUGAAGACGUGCACGUCCACCAGCAAGAUUCCCCGCAUGGACUGUCCCCGAUCAUGCCAGGCCGCAGCGCCCUCUGGUGUCUGCUGCGGCGUCUCCAAGAGCCGGAGAAGGAAGGUGGUUUUCCGCUGCAGCGACGGCACCUCGUACUCCGAGGAGAUGGAAACUGCCCUGGAAUGUGGCUGCUCCAAGUGCCCUUUGUAACGGCGCCGCGCCCUGCCUCCGUUCUGUUCCUCCAUUUGUUUGUUUGUUUUGCAACACCCGCCGCUGCCAUUUUGUGACACAUCAGCGGCGCAAUCCUUUUGAGAUUUUUCCUCGCUGAUGAGCACCAUCCUUUUGUGAUUUUAUUUUAUUUUAUUUUUUUUUUUUUUAACACAAUGAUUUUGACCACCGCCAAUUUGCUGCCAAGUGAAAAUACAAGCAAAAACAGAAAAGGGACCUGUGUGUGUGUUUUUUGACAGAGAGAAAAUAUAUUGUAAGAUAUAAGUGAGAAAAAACAUAGAACUUAUUU